UACUCGUAUUAACACCACAAGAAGCAGCUCUAAAUCCCGCCAAGAAACCAACGCGCCUUCUCCCCCAAGAUCCUCUCCCACGGUCCUCCUCGUCUGGUUUCUAAUCCCGAUCUCGGCCCGUGUUCUCUUUCGCCCUCGCGCGUGCUUUGUCUCCCAUCGAUCUUCGCGUUUCUGAGUUGCUCCGUUCGCUUGUUCGCGCGUUUCUUGUCCGUCGCUGCUUCCCGAUGGAUGCCGGAGCCGACCCGAUGACGCCGGUGAAGGCCGCGCCGCGUGCGGCGUCGCGGUCGCCGCUCCGGGAGGCCGGCGCGAGCCCCUACAUGCCGUCACUGCGCACGGCGGCCGGCAGCCCUGCCAUCAAGUGCUACGGUGACCGGUUCAUACCGUGCAGAGGAACAGAGGAGGACAGGGACAUCGCGCGCUACCUCCUGACGGAGAAGGAGAACGCCGCCACGGCGCCGUCGCCUUCCAAGGGAGCGUACCGCGAGCUGCUGGCCAAGAAGAUGCUCGGCAACCGGACCAGAAUCUUCUCCUUCCGGAACAAGCCGCCACCACAGCCCGACAGCCUCCUUGCCAAUGAUGCAGCUUCCAUCCACGCCAAUCCGGCCAGGAAGCGCCGAUGCAUCCCUCAGACUCCGGAUAGAAUUCUGGAUGCACCAGACCUCGCAGACGAUUACCGUGUCAAUUUGCUGGACUGGGGAUGUCGCAACGUGCUGUCCAUCGCGCUGGGAAACAGGAUAUGCCUCUUGGACGUCUCGAGUGGGUCCAUAUCUGAGCUCGCCACCGUUCACGAAGACGAUGGCCCUGUCACUAGUGUCAGCUGGGCUCCUGAUGGCCGUCACAUUGCUGUUGGCCUCGCGUCUUCAGUUGUCCAGCUCUGGGAUUCAACCUCUAGCCAACUGCUUAGGACACUGGAAGGUGUGCACGAGUCGGGAGUCGGUUCACUGGCAUGGAGAGACAACAAAGUCCUGACCUCUGGUGAUAUCUACGGCAAGAUUGUGAACAAUGACAUGAGGAUCAGGAACCAUGCCGCGCAGACAUACUGUGGGCACACCAAGGAGGUGUGCGGGCUCAAGUGGUCGGGGUCAGGAAAGCAGCUGGCCAGUGGCGGCAACGAUGACCUCCUCUUCUUGUGGGAUGUCGCCAUGGCAUCCUCAGUAGGGUCUCCAGGCCGUCGCACCCAAUGGCUACACAGGCUUGAGGACCACUUGGCUGCCGUGAGGGGGCUCGCAUGGUGCCCAUUCCAGAGCAACAUGCUGGCAUCAGGUGGUGGCACAAACGAUCGGUGCAUCAAGUUUUGGAACACAAACACAGGUGCAUGCCUCAACUCUGUCAACACCGGGGCACAGGUGUGUGCGCUGCUCUGGAGCAAGAAUGACAGAGAGCUGCUGAGCUCACAUGGAUACGAUCAGAAUGAGCUCACCUUGUGGAAGUACCCGGCGAUGGUUAAGAUGGCUGAACUCACUGGCCAUACUUCCCGUGUCCUUUUCAUGUCCCAGAGCCCUGAUGGUUGCACAGUAGCAUCUGCUGCCGCAGAUGAGAGACUGUGUUUCUGGAACGUCUUUGGGACUUCUAAGGAUGCAGUCAAGAGUUCUCACACUAGGAUGUUCAACAGUUACAAUCAUCUCCGAUAAGGAGAAAUGGUUGUGAAUGGACAGCAAGGAAUGCUUGCAACCACAACGAAAGAAGCAGACAUGUUCUGUAAGUUAUUUGGUGUGCCAUGGAAACUACGAACUAUCUUGUGCAUGGUGGGUGAGAAGAAACCAAAUAGUAUCCGAAAGAAGGGGAAAUCGAAGCUGUCAAGUUGAACGUGGAUGCCGUGCUUACUGAAGGGGAUCUCCAAUAAGGCACAGGCGUCUGUGGUAUGCAAUCAUGAGGGAGAGAUGACUGCAGUUAUCAUUGAAGUUGACACUAGGAUGGUCGUCCAACUAUGGGAGGAAGGGCAAGGGAGGAAGAUCGGAGAUCUCUGCCAUCCUCCAGGAGGUCAAGUAGCUUAGUUUAGUCGAUUGCUUACAAGCUGUGUUAUUAGCUAAACUAGUAGAGACGCGAAUGAAGCGGCUCAUUUAUGUGCCAAGCAAGCUAGUGCUGUCUGGAGACGUUGUGUGUGGUUAGAUUAUAUCCCAGACUUCAUUGCCUCAGUCCUCCAGCAUGAUUGUAACCCUAUAACUGACUAAUGAAGCUCCUGAAUUUGCGGAAAAAAGGAUUACCUUGAACCAGUAC